AUGACGGUCCUUGCGCCCAUGCUCUCCUGUCCGCUCAAGCAGACCAACGAGAUCGACUGGAUCACCCCGCUGAAGCAGUACAUCCGCCAAACCUACGGCGACGACCCCGAACGCUAUUCCGAAGAAUGCGCCACGCUCAAUCGCCUGCGCCAGGACAUGCGCGGGGCCGGAAAAGAUAGCGCGGCCGGCCGAGACCUGCUGUAUAGAUAUUAUGGCCAGUUGGAGCUGCUAGACCUCCGCUUUCCCGUCGACGAGAACCACAUUAAGAUCUCUUUUACUUGGUUUGACGCUUUCACGCAUAAGCCUACUUCCCAAUACUCGCUCGCAUACGAGAAAGCAUCCAUCAUCUUCAACAUUUCCGCCGUCCUGUCCUGUCAUGCCGCGCACCAGAACCGCCAUGAAGAUACCGGCCUCAAGACCGCCUACCACUCCUUCCAAGCCUCUGCCGGCAUGUUCACCUAUAUCAACGAGAACUUCCUGCAUGCGCCGUCCACGGACCUGAGCCGAGAUACGGUAAAGACCCUCAUUGCGAUCAUGCUGGCACAGGGCCAGGAAGUAUUUUUGGAAAAGCAGGUUGAAGAUGGCAAGAAAGUGGGUUUGUUGGCCAAGUUGGCAAGUCAAGCAGCCUAUUUGUACUGGCAGGCAGCAGAAGGCGUGCAGGACAACGUGACUAAAGGUGUGUUUGAAAAGGUUUGGCUGCUGGUAACCCAGAUCAAAGCGAGCUACAUGGGCUCUCUUGCGCAAUAUUACCAGGCUAUGGCGGACAAUGAUGCCAAUUCUCACGGCGUUUCCAUUUGCAGAUUGCAGGUGGCAGAAACCCAGGCACGGGAAGCGAAUCGGAUCGCGAAUUCGUUCCCUAAUAACGUGCCAGCGGGUUCAAACUUAAGCUCGGAGACUGGUGGUAUCCUGACGGACAUGACCAGGCGACACUUGGUCAACUGUCAGGAGCGGAUAACGGAGUUCACGAAGGACAAUGAUUUUAUCUACCAUCAGCCGGUUCCUGCCGAGGCAUCACUGGCUUCGAUACCAAAACUUCCUGCCGCAAAAGCUAUUCCCGUCAGCGAACUUUACCAGGGGCAGGACAUUCAGAGAAUCAUAGGCCCGGAUAUUUUCCAGAAAAUUGUGCCUAUUUCGGUCACCGAACAGGCCAGUUUGUACGACGAGGAAAAAGCAAAGUUGAUCAGGGCCGAGGCCGAGAGGGUCGACAUUGCAAAUGACGAAAUGGCGGCGAGCCUGGACUAUCUGAAGCUGCCAGAAAGCCUCAACGUUUUGAAGGGUGGAAUGGAUCAAGAAAUGACUGUAGAUGAUGAAUUCACCAAGUGGUGCCAGGAGCUUGCCGGUCACGCCCCCUUCACCAGAGCUUUCGACCAGCUUAGUGCUGAGAAACAGGCCAUUGGAACCAUUUUGGACGGCAGCAUGAAGCAGCUCGACAUGGAGGAGAGCGUGUGCGAGAAGAUGCGUUCGAAGUACGGCGUGGAGUGGACACAACAACCCAGCUCAAGAUCAACGGCCACCCUCCGAAGCGACAUCCGGAGCUACCGUAACGCAAUCGAUGAGGCCGGCAUUAGUGAUGCAGCACUUUACAGCACGUUUAGGCAGCACGAAUCGGACUUUGACGAGAUGCGGUCCGCUGGCGAAACAGAUGAGGCAGAUGUCCUAUACCAGCGUGCGAUGAUCAAGGCGGGAGCGGCUCGCAGUAAGGGAAAGGGCUUUGGUAGUCCCUCGACUGGAGAAGGUAAUCUUCUUGAUGAUGACUUUGAGGGCGGUCCGAGUGUAGCGGAGCAGAUUGCGGCUGUGGAAGACCUGCUGAGGAAGUUGAACCUCAUUAAGCGGGAGCGGCAACAGGUUUUGAAGGACCUCAAAGAGAAGAUCCACAACGAUGAUAUCUCCAACGUUCUCAUUCUCAACAAAAAGCAAAUCUCCAACCAGGAGAACCAGCUCUUCAAAGCUGAACUUGAGAAAUUCAGGCCUCACCAGAAUCGACUCCUUCAAGCGAACCAUAAGCAAACCUCGCUCAUGAAAGAGCUCACCCGAACCUACGGUGAUCUGUUGCAAGACAAGAGAGUACGAUCAGAGCAAAGCAAAUACGAAGCCUUUUCGAGACAGAGAAGCUCUGUAAUGAACAAAUACCGAAAAAUCUAUCAGGCCUUCAAUGACUUGAUAUCCGGCUUGAUGAGGGCUCAAGCCUUCUACUCCGACAUGAAAGAGACUGUCGAGAGCUUACAGGCGAACGUGGAAACCUUUGUCAACAACCGGCGCUCCGAGGGUGGUCAGUUACUCAACUCAAUUGAGAACAAGAAAACUUCCGGUAGCAACGACCAGGCGGACCGCGAGCGCGAACGCAUGCAGCAACUCAUGGAGCGCAUGUCCGUCGAGCCGUCUCGCAAUUCCCCCGUCUCGCAACAACCGCCUUCGCGCCCUCCGCCGCUGCAAUCAACCCCGUCCUACCAGACAAUCCAGUCCUCCUACAACCCCGCCGCCUCCCCUCCCAUCACGCCCCGAUACCCCGGCAUCAGCAGCCCUCCCGCCACCUACGGCAUGCAAUCCCCACCGACAAUGCAGCCGCAGUACCCCCAAACGCUCAGCAACGGGGGAGGUUACCAACCGGCCCUGCCACCGCGGCGCGAGUCCGGCUACGCCAGCGGCGGCAGUGGCAGUGUGGGCGCGUACAACCCGAACGCGUACGGUCCCGUCAGCCCACCCGCGACACAGCAAUUCUUCAGUCCGCCACCGGCCCAGGGGCAGUGGGGCGCUCCGCCCCAACAGCAAACGCAGCAGCAGUACGGCUUGCCGCCGGGAUAUAUACCGCCGCCACCGCCGCCCGGCCCGCCUCCGAGCCAGAAUAUCGAUUACUCGGGCUUGACGGGCGGCGGAGCAGGAUAUCCGAGCGGGCCGGGUGGGUAUGCGCAUCACCAGCGGCAGAGCCAGCAGCAGCAGAGCCAAGCGGAUCCGUGGGCUGGGCUGAGCGCGUGGAAAUAA